AAAUCUUAUUGUAUAAACAAGGUCAUCAAAUCAGUCUGUAAACUACGUUGCCUGUAGGGAUUUUUAAUGUCCAGCAGUUGUCAGUAUUCAGUGACGCAGUAUCAAUACAGUUUUGCUAUGGGUCAAACCCCGCCCCCCCAGGAUAUUUUUCCGUUGCAAGAUGCAAACUUCCCAUCAGUUACAGAGCAAUAUUCUGCAAUAGCUUGCUGUUCAACUUGGAAUGCCAUGAGGUUGCUGUUUCAAGUCCUGAUAUGAGCAUGUGACCAUGUGAACAAGUUCUAGUCUUCAGACUGUCGCAUUGUGCUGGUUGUACUUCUUCUCCCACAUCCUCAUAAAAAAGUUUAAACUUUUUAUGAGUUUAAACUUUUUAUAACUGAAAAAAGUAGAGCUGGACAAAACGAAUUGGGCGUCACAUCAUUGAUCCAGUACUUGAUAGUGUACAAAGGAGGUCAUGCAAUCAUAUGAAUCAAAUGUUCUGGAACAGAGACACAUGUAAAAAAUGCAGGGUAGUGGUACCUGAUUACCGUAAUUCAGAAACACUGUUGUAGAGGAAUAAUAGAGAGCAACUAAAUCCUGCUAAGAAAAGAAACUAAACUCCUCUGACCUUCUUACAACCCAGUUUUGUCACGCCAUACCUUGGAUAUAUAAAUCUCUCAAUCACAGGAGUUUCAGAACAAAGAAGCAGAAUUUCAUCUGGAGCUGCACAGCAACUUACAGACGCCAACAUGAAAACUCUCACAACUUUCUUGGUUUUGCUGAAUUACUUUACCAGAUGUCAUGGUUGGAUCUGCACUAUUGCUCCUGAGCACCUUGCUGCAACCCAGGUUGAUGCUGGCAAUGGAAUGGUUGUGAUGACUGAUAGAAACUCCAAUGCCUUCAUCUUGAGUGAUUCAACUUGGUCCAAACUGGGCUCUGUUGCUCUCAAGCAUGUCUCAGUGGGACUUGCAGGUGUCUGGGGAGUCGACCAAGACAACACAGUCUAUAAAUUUGCAGCUGGUGAUUUCUUUCCUACUCGUGGUUUAUCAUUAAUCGAGGUGGAUGCUGGACAACGUCAGGUAGUUGGUGUUACCACCCAAAACAGCAUCCAUUGCCUGAACGCCAGCACUGCCUCUGCCACUGAGAAAGAGGCCGUCUUGAAGUGGAACACCAUUCCUGGGGCAUUGAUGUAUUUCAGCUGUGGUCCACUCGGAUGUUGGGGAGUGAACUCUGUUCAAGACAUCUUCUUUACGAAAGUCUCACCAGAUAACUGCGGCAUCAGUGGCUGGAAUAAAAUAGAUGGAGCUGCUGUAAAAGUUGAAGUUGGAAGUGAUGGAAGGGUCUUUGUUGUAAAUCAACCUGGAAAUGUCUAUGAAAGAAUCGGUAUCACUGAAGCAGUUCCACAGGGCACAGGUUGGAGACAGAUCUCCUUUUGUGUGACCAUCAAACACGUGACCUAUGACCUGGGACGUCUGUGGCUUCUGACUGAGGCUGGUGUCAUUCUGAACUGCAUCUAGAAACCAGCUGGAAGUUUUCACUUCACACAUUCUGUUCCUUCUGUUGACUCCUUUGGGUUAAUCCCAUGUGUGCUUUAUCAGUAGAGGAUCUAGAACAAUCUCCAGAUUAAUCAUGAUAGGGGUUAAAAAUCAGGGUGGGGAUAGAAGUAAUUGUUAAAUGAUUAUGCUAUAGAUGAUUCCAAGAAUGCAGGAAAUAAAAGGAAAAUUUAAAGUAAUACUUUUCCAAAUGACAUACAGCAGUUAGGUUGGAGGUUUUCUUGUUUGGCCUUCAAUCUUUAAAUGUAAAACAUUAAAUUGUGAUUUUAAGGAAACAAUAAACUCUUCCACUGAUCAACA